GCCUGUUGCAGAAAAGGGUAUGGUUUACUGGAAAAGCAGAUGAUCACAGCCUGCUUCAAUAUCUAAUUCAUCAUAUCCACAAGAAAAGGGACGACUGGUGUAUAAGAAGAUGAAGCUACUCAAAUCAACCCAAAUCAAAGACUUAAAGAAGAGCAAGCUCCUAAAGUCAGAGGUGGAGAGACAUCGGAGAGAGAGAAUGAACCGCAGUCUGGAGAGUCUGAGGGCCCUGUUGCUGAGGGGACAGCAUGAACCGUGUCUUGCCAGUGGACGAGUGGAGAAGGCUGAGAUCCUGGAGCACACAGUCCUUCUCCUGCGGAAUACCGAGAACACGGUUCCACGCGAAGGGUCGGAACGACGGCACUUUCAGGACGGCUUUGAGGCCUGUCUGAAGCAAGCCGCACAGUUCCUGAAAGUUGAGGGCGAGGGACGGGAGGUAGGGAGAGCUUUGACGGACACGCUGUCCUUUCGUCGGCCGCGACCCUCCGCCCGCGACGCCACGACGCGACCCUCCGCUUGCCCUCCCGGGACACAGUCGGAGGAGCCGCCUGUCCGAGCGCGGCAGCAAGGCUGGAAGUGCAGGCAGCAGCCCUGCGCGGCCGUCAGGAGUCAUCACUUCCCACACCAAAGAGCUCCGCUGGCACAUACGGACCCAAACAGUGCCCAGCGCCACCGCAGAAAUACCCCUACAACCCUCUGUUCGCCAUCCGGCACACACAGCCAGGCGAUGUGGAGACCCUGGUCUUGAAACA